CAGUCUCCGGCGUCCAGUGACCCCGUUCGUUAUAGCGGUAUUAACGACGUCCACUAUCCAAUCUAAACGUUUCGUGGAAGCUGUAUUCGAUGAUCGAAGUCACGAUUCGAUUAUGCCGAGUCUAGUGAUCAUCGUCGUUACCAGACCGACACAAGGACGAUAAAACUAUCGGUUCGAUACAGAAAAUAUUCUUUAUCAAAUGCCGCAACGGUUCCGAUGGAUAACAAACCGUUCGAAUUCUUUGUGAACGCUUGACGAAAUUAUAGUCCGACAGCUCUAUUGAAUCGCGAUUUGCUGUAAAACCGGUUUCCAAAAAUAUAAACGUAAACAAUCCCUCAGGGGCUUGUUACGCCACAAUGGGUCGUUCCACGUUGAUUAGAUAGCACUUGUUGUCGCGACAUGGAAAUGGAAAAACACUCGCUACAGUGCUGCUACCGAGUGCGUGACGUUGCCGAACGGCAAACGAAAUCUUUGUUUCUCAAAAUAAACACGAUGUGUCAUCCACGAUGGGAACGCGCGGAUAUAAUUGAUACAAACUACUCGAAUUGACCGCGCGAGCACGGUUCGUUUCGAUUGUAAUCGAUUGGAUCUCGUUAAAUUAACUCUCAACGACAGAAGAAGCACCGAUCUAUCGAUCGAACAUCGUGCAGUGUACACCGAUCACUCUGUUUGCUCUCGCGUUGUUAUAUUUACACUCUUCAAAUCCUUUGGGCUUGAAAUCUUAUCGAACGUGUUAUCGUGCACCGAAUUCAACCGAUCUGGAAAAUUUUCGUCUCUCCCGUGAAACAGUUGCACGCGCGUGAGUUCCGUAGCUCUUUAGGCACUCGAUCGUCUACCAAGUAGCGUGGAAAAAUGACCGACGGGAAGUUCGAGUUUGCUAUAGAUCGCGGUGGCACGUUUACUGACGUGUACGCCAGAUGUCCAGGCGGCAAAGUUCGAGUGAUGAAAUUGCUGUCGGUGGAUCCCGCCAACUACGACGAUGCUCCGCGCGAAGGGAUUCGUAGAAUUCUCGAGCAGGAAACAGGACGAAAUAUCGAUGGACAGAUAGACGCUUCGACGAUCUCAUGGAUUCGAAUGGGAACGACGGUUGCCACGAACGCGCUCCUGGAGAGAAAAGGCGCGAAAAUGGCUCUGCUUAUAAACGAAGGCUUCAGGGAUCUUCUUUUCAUAGGCAAUCAAGCUCGGCCAAAUAUAUUCGACUUGCAAGUAGUCACGCCAGAGGUCUUGUACAAGAAAGUGGUGGAAGUCAGGUGCAGAGCGAUACCUGCUUCGCCCGAUAAGUGUCACUUGGACACCAAACAGUGGCGAAAGGUAAAGGGUUCCACGGGCGAGGAUUUGUUCGUCACGCAGGAACUCGACGAGGAAAGAUUGAAGAAGGACCUGGAGGAGCUAAGGCAAUGCGGAAUAGAGAGUUUGUCGGUGGUUCUAGCCCACAGUUACAUGUUCGCUGAACAGGAAAUCAGAGUCGGCGAAUUGGCAAGGCUAGCCGGGUUUGCGCAGGUGUCCCUUUCUCACGAAGUCAUGCCCAUGACGAGAAUCGUCCCUAGAGGCUUCACUGCGUGCGCUGACGCGUACCUGACGCCCCACAUCAAACAGUACCUACAGGGCUUUUCCUCAGGAUUCAAAGACGAAUUGAAAAACGUGAACGUACUAUUCAUGCAAAGCGACGGUGGAUUAACUCCAAUGAAUUCGUUUAACGGAUCACGAGCUAUCCUCUCCGGUCCAGCCGGCGGUGUUGUUGGUUACGCGAUGACCACUUAUGGCAAGGAAACCAAUCUACCCGUGAUUGGAUUCGACAUGGGUGGAACCUCGACCGACGUCAGCCGCUAUGGGGGCGGCUACGAGCACGUGUACGAAAGCACUACAGCAGGCGUCACGAUUCAAGCUGCGCAGUUGGACGUGAACACAGUUGCGGCAGGAGGUGGAUCCAUGCUUUUCUUCAGGUCGGGUCUCUUCGAGGUAGGACCUGAGAGCGCAGGAGCCCAUCCGGGACCCGCAUGCUACAAGAAAAACGGUCCUCUAGCAGUCACCGAUGCGAACCUUGCUCUGGGAAGGCUGCUGCCUGAAUACUUUCCAAAAAUUUUUGGCCCCAAUGAAAAUGAGCCCUUGGACAAAUCGCGUACGAUGGAGUCAUUCCAGAAGCUUACAGAUCAAAUAAACGAAUUUCUAGCGAAUGAGGAGCACAAGUCGAAAGGCAAGAUGACGAUCGAGGAAGUGGCGAUGGGAUUCGUCAGAGUUGCCAACGAAACAAUGUGUCGACCGAUACGUGCUUUGACGCAGGCAAAAGGCUACGACACGUCUCGCCACGUGUUGGCGUGUUUUGGAGGUGCGGGAGGGCAACACGCGUGUGCUAUUGCACGCUCGCUGGGCAUGGGAACUGUUUUCGUUCACAAAUACGCGGGAAUCUUGUCGGCCUAUGGAAUGGCGUUGGCAGACGUCGUAGAAGAAGCUCAGGAACCCAGUGCGGAAGUGUACGAGAAAGAAUCAUUCACACGCUUGGAUGAACGUCUGAACAUCCUCGAGAAGAAGGUCCGAGGAAAGCUAUCCGCGCAAGGAUUCACGGACGCUCGCAUAAUCACGGAACCAUUUUUACAUCUACGUUAUCAAGGGACAGACUGUGCCCUGAUGUGCACUCCGAGCCAAAGGAGCGCCGAUGGCACGCGACACGGCGACUUUCUUACUCCGUUCCUGGAAAGGUAUCAGAUGGAAUUCGGUUUCACUAUGCCGAAUCGAAAGAUUCUGGUGAACGACUUGAGGGUGCGAGGAGUGGGCAAGACCGACGUGGAGGAAGACUCGGUUCUAUCGUCGUCUAACGAGCCUCCGAAGAUGGAGAAGACCACUAUGGUGUACUUCGAAAAUGGUUAUUUAGAAACCAAAGUGUACAAAUUGGAACGUCUGUCGGCUGGACACGCGAUACACGGACCAGCUAUUAUAAUGGACAGCCUGAGCACCCUCCUGAUUGAGCCCGACUGCACAGCAUCGAUCACUUCUCGCGGCGACGUGAAAAUUACGAUCGGUCAAGGUCUGAAGACAGAGGUUACGACCGAGUUGGACGCCAUUCAACUCAGCAUUUUCUCCCAUCGUUUCAUGAGUAUCGCCGAACAAAUGGGCAGGAUCCUUCAGAGAACCUCCAUCUCCACGAACAUAAAGGAACGUUUGGACUUCUCCUGCGCGGUCUUCGGUCCUGACGGAGGGCUGGUCUCCAACGCGCCCCAUAUACCCGUACAUCUGGGUGCUAUGCAGGAGACCGUGCAAUAUCAAAUGAAAGUCUUCAAGGGUGAAUUCACGCGGGGCGACGUGAUCCUCGCGAAUCAUCCUUCGGCUGGCGGCUCGCAUCUUCCGGAUCUCACUGUCAUAACUCCUGUGUUCUACAAAGACGUGGAGAAACCAGUUUUUUUCGUGGCCAGCAGAGGCCAUCAUGCGGACAUAGGAGGCAUAACACCUGGUUCUAUGCCACCACAUUCAACAAUGUUGCUUCAGGAAGGAGCGACUUUCAAGAGUUUUCUAUUGGUACACAAGGGCGUAUUACGCGAAAAAGAACUGACGGAAGAACUAAUGGCUCCAGGAUUGAUUCCGGGAAGCUCCGGGACCAGGAAUUUGUCUGACAAUCUCAGCGAUUUGAAAGCUCAGAUUGCAGCUAAUCACAAAGGUUCGCUGUUGGUGAACGAAUUGAUCGAUAUAUACAGUCUCGAAGUCGUCCAAGCGUACAUGGGUCACAUUCAACGCAAUGCAGAAGUCGCGGUGAGGGACAUGCUGAAAUCAGUCGGGAGGAAGCUUCUUGCAGAAACCGGAAGUACCAGAGCAACCGCAGUGGACUAUCUGGAUGAUGGAAGCCCGAUUAAAUUUGCUUUAAGCAUCGACAUCGAGAAAGGCGAGGCACUCUGUGACUUCACUGGUACCGGAUACGAAGUGUGGGGCAACUGUAACGCACCUCGCGCCAUCACUCUUUCAGCGUUGAUUUACUGUCUGAGGUCAAUCGUUGGCCGAGACGUUCCUCUGAACCAGGGUUGUUUGGAGCCCGUCGAGAUAGUUAUACCCAAGGGAUCUCUCCUGGAUCCGUCGGAAGACGCAGCGGUGGUCGGUGGCAACGUCCUCACUUCUCAACGUGUCGUUGAUGUUGUUUUGCAAGCUUUCGGAGCCUGUGCUGCGUCCCAGGGUUGCAUGAACAACGUGACACUGGGCACCGAAGAAUGGGGAUACUACGAAACUGUCGCUGGCGGCAGUGGAGCUGGUCCAACGUGGGACGGCAGAGGAGGAGUACAUACGCACAUGACCAACACGAGGAUCACCGAUCCAGAGAUACUGGAACUUCGAUAUCCGGUUAUUCUCGAUAGAUUUUCCCUUCGUCCAGGAAGUGGUGGGGCUGGUGCUCACCGUGGUGGCGAGGGUGUCAUCCGUGAAACAACUUUCAGGGCUCCCAUGACGCUGUCUGUGUUAACGGAAAGAAGGGUGCACAGUCCACCAGGUUUAGCGGGAGGAUCGGCUGGACAAUGUGGACGAAACACUUUGAGAAGAGCUGACGGUCGGAAAAUCAAUUUGGGUCCGAAAACUGCUGUACCAGUGUAUCCAGGGGAUACAUUUAUCCUAGAGACUCCUGGCGGUGGUGGCUACGGUCCGCCAGGUGUAAAGGUUCCGUUAGCGCAAAGAAAUCCCCAAGGAUUCAUCGAACGUGGAAGCGUCUUUGAAUACCGAAAAGCGCAAGAGUCUGUCUAAUUGUCGACAACCACUCAACGACGCUACUUACCAAGAAGAGGAUAAAGCACAAUGUUUCUAUAGUUUUGUUGAACAAGAAUAAUAAAUGUCUCUUUUAACUCU